GCCUGGCCGCCGCCCCCAUCGCCCGCCCCUGCAUGCCCGGCGCCCGGGUCGCAGCCCAUCUGGACGCUCUGGGCCCCCUGGUCUCGUACGUGCAGCCACCGCUGCUGCCCUCUAUGUUCUACGUGGGCCUGUUCUUCGUCAAUGUGCUGAUCCUCUACUACGCCUUCCUCAUGGAAUACAUCGUUCUCAAUGUGGGCCUCGUCUUCCUGCCCGAGGACUUGGACCAGGCGCUGGUGGACCUCGGUGUUCUCUCAGACCCUGGCUCUGGCCUUUACGAUGCCGACUCAGAGCUCGACGUCUUCGAUGGAUAUUUGGAAUAAGGUCUUGAUUACCGUUUCCCACUUGCCUUCCACCAUCCGCAACUCUUGGCCUGGACCAGCCGCCCGUAUCAUGCCGCUGCCACUGGUUGGGGGCACCAUCUGGACAGGGAUGGGACCCCAGGAAGAGGCCCGCAUAGCCAGUCUUUGGAAUGCCAUUUAACUCCACAUGUUGGUGGCCUCUUUUACAAAACAGGGGUAAUGAAAACCUGCCUUGUUGAGAGGACAGAAAGUUGGACCUCCCUGCAUGGUAACUGGUCCAUGAACAUCAACCACUGUUAUAGACAGGCCUGCUCGUGCCAACAACCGGGUUCCUGCCCCAACCCAGGCGUCUGCCAGGAGAAGUGAGGACUCAGUGCCAGGAUGGGGAGUUGCCAGGACCUCCGAAGGCCUCGCCUGCCAGCUGGCUCUUCGCUGUCCUGGAUCUGGCUUGUGACUCGCCACCUUUGUGAUGGAUGUUUACAGGAACCCAACCAGAUGUCACCUCUCUGCACUUCACCCCCAGCUGCACCUGCCUCCCCCACUUAACCCCUGGGAAGGACAUGGAGAGCUGAAGUGGUAAAGGGACUCAUACGUAGGCUGCUCUGUCAGCAUCGUGUGGUGCCAGGCGACCUUAAGCCUGGGAACACUUCAGACCCAAGACUGUGGAUCACAGUUUCAGGGAGUCACUCUGAAGAGGGCUGUGCCAGGGCCCAGGCAGGGUUUAACCUCUCCAGGUUGACAGAACUGAGAUACUGCACUGGAGAAAGCCAUGCUGUCUCUGGCUAGAAAUCUAUUUUUGGAAGUGUGAGUGGUGUGCAAAGUGUGAAUGAUGUAGAUCCUUGAUUUCCAUAAACCUGUAAAAGCAAUACUUAGAGGCUGACUUAUUUCAUUAAAAAAAUGUAAGCAAAUCCAA